GAAUGAUGAGAUCUUUGGGUUAUUUCAAGCUGCUGAGUUCAUGGAUGAAGAGUUCGCUACUAAGGCUGACUUGCGUGAGAUUGCAGAGGGUGAGGACAUGAAAGAAGAUGAGUUCCUCGCAAAGCUUGCAGAUGCUGAAACACCAUAUAUCCAAGUUGUCUUCAACGAUCUGCUAGAGACAUUGCCAGAGAUGUUACCAGAGGAUAAUGUGCUACAUACUUCACUAUACGAGGUGAAGAAGUUUCUGAAAUCUUUUGACAUGGGUUAUCAGAAGAUACAUGCAUGUGUCAAUGACUGUUGCCUAUUCAGAAAGAAGUAUAAGAAGUUAGAGAAAUGUCCUAAGUGCAAGGCUUCCAGAUGGAAAACCAACAUACACAACGGUGAGGAGAAGAAAGGUGUCCCACAGAAAGUAUUGCGGUAUUUUCCAAUAAUCCCAAGGCUGAAGAGGAUGUUUAGGUCUGAGGAAAUGGCUAAGGAUUUACGGUGGCAUUACAGUAACAAGAGCGACGAUGGUAAACUACGUCACCCUGUAGACUCAGUCACGUGGGAUCAGAUGAACGAGAGAUAUCCUGCCUUUGCAGCUGAAGAAAGAAACGUUCGGCUUGGACUGUCUACGGAUGGAUUUAAUCCAUUCAACAUGAAGAAUACUAAAUAUAGUUGCUGGCCAGUUUUGUUAGUGAACUAUAAUUUGCCGCCAGACUUAUGUAUGAAGAAGGAAAACAUCAUGCUCACCUUGUUAAUUCCUGGACCGAAACAGCCUGGUAACAGUCUUGAUGUCUAUCUAGAACCUCUAAUCGAGGAUCUAGACCACCUGUGGAAGAAUGGAGAGCUAACAUAUGAUGCAUUCAGUAAAUCUACGUUCAAUCUUAAAGCAAUGCUGCUUUGGACGAUCAGUGAUUUCCCUGCCUAUGGGAAUCUUGUGGCUGCACAGUAA